AUGGAGUCACACUUCGAGGGCGCCCAGGUUCCGGAAACGCCAGGAAGAAGUAACGACGUAGACGAACUGCGAGAAGGACGUGCAACUGAAACGAGCCCCGGCGACUACCAGCAGCUCGUCGACCUGUUGAUGAGCGCUCCGGCACCGACUUCGACAAGGCUUCAAGUGAGCGACCUUCGACGCGUCUUGGGCUGCUGCCGUACCGGCGACCUGCUCACAGAGUACGUGGAGAGUUCCGAAGCCGAAGGCAGGGACUCGCUGACGUUGCAGGAGUGUCGGGAUGCUUACCAUGCCGGAAAGUACCUCGAAUCGAAGCCCUGGAUGCUGCACGUCCUGCGGUUCUCGACCAUACUCGUCGUGGGAAAACGCAGCCGCCAAUCAGCCAUCCUGAAGCGCAUUGGGAGUCUCUCGUUGGCGGAACGCAGUGAUCCGUUGAUCAGAGUGAAAAUGUGCUCCACGGCGUGUGGCGUUGUCGCACACUUCCCCAUGUUCAUCGUGAUCGUCUCACUGGUUCAGGUGGCGACGUUUAGCUACCACUGCGCGGUGCCUUCGUGCUCGGAAUUUACGAAGGAUCGCCAGCUUUGCCAACUGCCCUGCAACAGCUCCCUCAUCUUCAACCCGCGCAAACGCCGUGAGUUGUGGCGGUUCGUGACGUACUCGCUCGUUCACGACGGUUUCUUGCACCUCGGCAGCAACGUGUUGCUCCAGAUUGCCUUCGCCUUCCCACUGGAAGUAGUCCAUUCGUGGUGCCCAAUUAUGCUCGUCUACGUCAGCGGGCUACUGUGCGGUCCGCUAGCGCAGUCGCUGCUAAACCCCGAUGCAUAUAUUGCGGGCUCAUCGAGCGGAGUCUACUCCCUUCAGACGGCACACUUGGCGCACAUCCUGACCAACAUCCGGGACAUGGAACUGGUUGGGCUUAGAAUAGCCAUGUUGCUUCUCGUGUACUUGAACGACCUGUACUCGAUUUUACGGGGCCCCCACAGCCGCGAUGGACAGAUGUUGAGCUACGCCGGUCACUACGGUGGUGCACUCGCUGGUUUGGUGAUAGGUCUUCCUGUGCUGAACUCUGCGCGGCACAGGCGCCUCUGUUUUUGACGUGUAUCGCCGUGCUUGUUGACACAUUGUGUAUUUAAUAAAAUUCACAUCACUACUUAA